GCAUCUGUUCAUCAAUCUGUUACCUGUAUUUUAGUCGAUUGUGCAAAUAUUAUUGAAAUAUUAGAAAUAUGAGAAGGUGGAACUGAUUCUACAAUUGAUCGAUUCAACUGAUGGUCCAAAAUGUCCCGUCGCCCGAGUCCUGAGGAGGUGAUCUGCCUGGAUGAUGACGAUGAUGAUGACGUCGACGACGUACAAGCUGUCAGUGUUACACCCCCUGCUGAACAGCAGCAUCAGCCGUCACCGCGCCAGGCUGCCAUUCAAAAUAGCUUUCUGGCAAACCUGGACCUAUCGAAAUUUCCACCACAUAUCAUUGAGCAACUUGCCGUCGGUUUCCUGGGAGUCGGGGGACAGGUUCUCACGCCCCCUCCGUCCUACGAGGAAGCAGUCCGAACCCCCGCUGCAAAACCUGGGGGUGAGGUUGGCAAUGGCGGCCAGGGACAAAGAGAUGGUGCCAUGUCGAAAGGAAAUACAUCAUCAACAGAAAAUUCAUCCGACAUUUCUGGACAUGGCAGAGUCGAGCCACGCUUGCCUGAUUUGAGUCGGAGUUCUCUUAAUUCGGAACGGAGUCAGAAGGCGGCCAUACUUCGCCGUCUGCUUUCUGAUGAUGCUCAUGCACCAUGUGAUGCAUCGCUCCCAAGUGGUGCAACAAACGUUACGCCAAGUUCGACGCCUAGAAUUUCUGCGGCGCGUGGCGGGACGUUACUGUUAGGCAGUACUGCUUCAUCAGGAGAUCGGCAAGCUGAGAGUGACAAACGAAUGGAUACUUCAACAAGCGUAACUGGGCUCAGUCAAGGACCAAUAGGUCUAUCUGGGUUUACAUCAUUUAGUAAUCUGAAUACCAAUUUGACGACGCCUGGUUUGCACUCAAGUACACCUCCCCUCCAGUCUGCAACUCAUAAUUCUCAACCUCCAUCUGGGGAUUGUGCACCACCUAUCCAUCCUUCAAACUCUCGACCAAACAGCGCCGGGCGUCGGACACCUCCUGCUGCAUCCAAACAACCGCACACCUCUGUCUUCGCGCAGCCAAAGGGUGACCCAAUUGGGUUGAAGCAGUCGGGGUCCAACGUCCUGACCAGUUCCGUCCCGAGCUCGUACAGUCAGAGCAGCAACACAAGCUCGCAUGAAACAGAUCCACAGCCAUCGGCGUCAGACGUCGGCGAUAGAUAUUCAAACCGCAGAAAUUCCGCCAAUAGAGAUUCAGUUGACGGUGAGCAGCCCUUGGCAGAUGCACCGGAGGUCAACUUGCCGUUAAGUCCGUCUGUCCUGAAAACAUACAAGCAGAGCUUUGCGGACAAACGUCGUUUACAGCACGAGCUUGCAGAAAUGAUGGGAAAAAAUAACACUUUGACCAGCGAAAUCGACAAUUUGAAUUUCGAGUAUAUGACGUUGAAGAAUAAAUUAAUUUUAUCGCAAGCAGAAGUUGGUGUGAAGGAUUCCAAGGUUGACGAAUUGGAAACAAUGAUGGAACAGAAAGAAAACCAAUUGACGAGUUUAAAUGAUGAGUUAAAUAAGACAAUGCAGGAGUUACAUCACGUCCAGGGCGUGUUGGACGGACGGACGGACUCUGAAAUGCCGCACGGUACGCCCCCUAUUAACCCAUUCCAGGUGACGGAAUUCCUUGAGGAGUUAAGUGAGGUGAAGGCGUUGAAUAAUCGCUACAAGAUGGACCUAACUCGUGAACAUCAGAAGAACUCACAUCUGCAACGGCAGAUCUUCGACCGUGAGAAGGAGAUUCGACGGCUGGAUAAUUCACAGGCGAUUAAUGAUACGAAGAUACAGUCCCUGGAGAUGCAGAAGUUGUUGAUGGAGGACCAGGUGAAGCAUGCCAAGGCUGCAGCAGCAAAACAGGUGGAGCUGCCUGCGGCCCCGAACGAAUGCAUCACUGAGUUGGAAGCGCAGCUGAAGAAGGCGCGGGAUGACCUCGAGAAGCGUACGCUACACUCCAAGCAGUGUCAGCUGGAGAGGAACUUCAUGGAGACUGUGAUGACGAAGGGUGAAGUGAUGAUGAAGAGUCUGCGUCAGGCGGUCGAAGUUAAAAAUACCGAGUUGGAGAAAACACAGAGUGAGAAUGUGGAACUCAAGAAUCGUCUGAUGGAGUUUGAGGUGCGAGAUGUGGGCACCAAUGCAAGCACCGAGGCGAUCAAACAACUCGAGCUCAAGUUGACCAAUGAAAAACUGGCAAAGGAGGCUGCUAAUACUGCUUUCAGAGAGGUUGAGAAGGACAACAUGAAACUGAGAUCAGAGCUGACAGCGACGAAGGCACGUCUGACGAAAAUCACCAACAAAUACACGGAACUCUCCGAAUCGCAUCAGAAGGGAAUGUCGGACCUCCUCAGCAUGUCCUCGCAGAUGCGAGAGUCGCAAACCACCCUGAUGCCUCUGAAAACAGAGAAUCAGAAACUCACUGAGGAUUUGACGAUGGCGUCAGAUCAGUUGUUCGCGGCAGAGAAUCGCUGCAAGAUUUAUUAUCAGGUCCAUGAAGAAAUGAAGGAUACUUACGAGACGCACAUCGUCGAACGAGACGCCCUGAUUACUCGUUUAAAACGCCAGAUGGCGUUUUACCAAAAGACAGCACAGUCCCAUAAAAAGUUGAUGCAGUCCACGCUGAAUUUGCUUCACAUCUUCGAGGAUAUUUGUCAGGGUUUGGCCACGCAAGGUGGAGAUCAAGAUCGGAUGAUUCAUCAGGUCUUCAGAAAACUUCUCCGGAUUGCAUCCAUCACAGAAGUGGAGCCCCCUGUUUGUGCGAAUGGAGGAUUAGACUCCACGGUGUCAUGGGGAGAGGAGGAGAUGCCAUGCCCCAUCGCUGAAAGAGAACUGGAUACCACAAAGGUUCCACUUCGAGGAAAAAGUCCCGAAGAUAGCACCGCCAGAAAACGGCCUGCGUCACCAAAACCGUCGACAUCAAAAUCACCAGGAACGUUACAGACAAGCCUACUAGGAACUCUUGGACUCUGCAGGACGCCAUCUAUGAGUGCUCCUGGAACAGUUUCCGCUGCAGAUACGAGCCCGCCAUUGGAGUGUAGUGGAGUCGGACUGGGUGUAGAUUCUAGGAAUUAUCAGUUGGAGGAGGGUUUAGUAGGGGAAAUCAGUCAAGAUGUUGGAGUCUUUCCCAGUCAGGAGCGGAGUGUUGUUAGUGAGAUGGCUUCUGAGAGUAUCCCAGGGACGGCGACGCGGUCGGUCGAUAGUGUCGCAGGUGCUGCUAGUGUAGGAGGAAGUGUGGAGGGAAUGUCAAAGCCGAGCAAUGUGAUCGUGGGAACGAACGGAGCUAGUUCAGAGGUAGGAUUGUCAGAAAGUGCAAGCAUGACAUUGCGUUUACAACAGCACGAAAUUGAUAAAACUCCCGAAAAUGAACAGGCAGCAACGGUAACUAAGGAAUCAGCGGGUGACGAGUUUCUCGACGGAAGCGAUCCAAAUGUUGAAGAGAGCAGUGCGAUGGAGGAGCAUGUGAAUUCUCUCAUUCUGGAUCUUCCUGAUUUGCCUGCGGAUGAUCCGUUAGAAACGAAAUAUCUGCUCCAGAAGGCUAUUAGGGAGAAGCAGGGAGAGUUGGAUGCGAUCGGCUGUAGGGUAAAUGUGAGAUUGAACCCUAGUGGGGAGGUUGAGAUGUUCAUUGAUGAAGCAACGUCUAUAAAGUCUGAGAUCACUGAUGACGUUUCCGUCCCGAGUGUGCAGAUCAAAACAGAACAGAUUGGGUUGGUGGGGCCGCCGGUUUUGGAGGAAGGUGUUGAACCAUCAGCUGCUGAGAUGACUCUUGAAAACCCAAACACAAAACAGGGUUGUGUUGCAUUUGAAGGAAGAAAAGAAGACAGUCGUCAUGUUCCGAAGCCUGUGUUCUUGAUUAGAAACGUUUCAGACGUGCUUGAACCCAAAGCUUCAGGUGAGCAGAGUCCUGCUGCCGCGCGAAAGGAUGAAUGUCCGGGUCCAGAUCCUGGGCUACUGAACCUGAAGAUGUCGCAUAUUUUGGAAAAGAAGCGACAGACUGACCAGGUGCAUUCUGGGAGUUCCCUUGUCAUUCAUAAGCGGGCUGUUCCUAAUUUUGCUGCGUUGCUUAGGGAAAGUGUCCAAGCGUUAAAUCAGAGCGGGAAGAGGUCAAGUUUAGAUGUAAAUGAGGGAAAUCAUGACAGCGACCAGUCAAUCAGAGCCAACGACAACUGCUCAGGAGGUGUUUUGUCUGGAUUUGAUGCUGCUGCUGAAAACGACAUUCCUAUUUCUGAUUCAGAUUUUGAACAUCGGUCGUCUGCUGGAGAGAGGCAGCAGACACCAUCAAAUGUAAACAAACAUCUGUCAUCUGCUGAAGAGAGCGAGCAGACGACAUUGAAUGUAAACAAACAUCUGUCAUCUGCUGAAGAGAGCGAGCAGAUGACAUUGAAUGUAAACAAACAUCUGUCAUCUGCUGAGGAGAGCGAGCAGACGACAUUGAAUGUAAACAAACAUCUGUCAUCUGCUGAGGAGAGCGAGCAGACGACAUUGAAUGUAAACAAACAUCUGUCAUCUGCUGAGGAGAGCAAGCAGACGACACUGAAUGUAAACAAACAUGUGUCGUCUGCUGAACAGAGGGAGCAGGAGCCAUCAGAUGUUAGAAGUUUGUCUACUGCAGCUUCAAGUAUUGCUGUACCUAGCACCAGUGGCCCAGGAGCAAAGGUAGGAUUGAACGAAACGUCAGGGAUGGAGAAUGAAGUGAGUUGUGGCAGGUCCAAACAGGCUGAGGAACACUUGAUUCAAGAACACCAUGAGAAGUUUAUGGCCCCAGUUGUAGUGACUCCAGAAACCGAAGUUGUUGAGAAACGUGAGAGCAGGUAUGCUGAGAAUAGUGAGGUUGAAGCCACAAGUGGUGUCGCUGAGAAAUCUGUUUCAGUAACCGAGGAUGUCUCCAAGGAAACCCCUGUUGCUGAGGUAAAUUCAUUAGUUACUAAGGAAGCUGAUCUGGUUGCUAAAGUAACCGAUCCGAUUGCUAAGGAAACUGAUCUAGUUGCAAAGGAAGCUGGUCUAAUUGCUAGGGACUGCAUUGCUGAAGAUGAUAUCGUGUCUUAUAGAUUGAAUGAAUCGAAUGAGAAAGUUGACAUUGCAUUGCACGUCUCAUUUCCUGAUUCAGAUUCCGAUGAUGAAGUGAGGAUGAUCAAAACUGAAAUGAUCUCUCCAAGGUCUGAAAAAGUUCCAAAGAAAAUGAUUGAAAUUGUGACGAUUUCAGACUCUAGCUCAGACGCUGGGUCUGUUGAAGCUGGGGAGUUCCCUCCAAUAGAGUCCUUAGGCCUUGGUCAUUUGCGCGAAGUUGCAGGUGAAGAAGAUUUCGUGGCAUAUGAGAUCAAAAACAUGUCCAGUCCGGUAGAGGAGGAGGGAGAAAGAUCUUUAGGCAGCAAGACACAGAGUCGCAACGAUAUUCCUGACAGCUUUGAUUCGCAGUUUGAUGAAUCGGGUCCCGAAUUUGGUCUUCGGACACCGAGUCCAGUAUCGGAGGGAGAAAAAGAAGAGGAAGAUCAAAAGGAGGAAGAAUGUGUGGAUGCAGAAGUGGAAGAGGAAUUCCUGUUUGAACAUGGAGGAGAGGAAGACCAUUUCAUCCCUGAUGAAGAGAAUUCGACACUGCCUUGCACUUCAGCUCGUUCUGUCGGGAAGUACCCGCGGACAGCUGGGCGACGGUUGUACCAAGGUUUAUCCAUGCGAGGCUCAAAUACCGAGGAGGCACAGAAGAAGUUGACUUUCGUUCAGCGCCUUGAGCGUAAUCUUGUAGGGGAGGAGGAUUUCUGCCAUUCCCUUCUUUGUCGGUAUUUGACGUUGAACAAGCAUCAGGAUUUAAAGUCUACUAGAGGGCGUAGGAAAGGAAAAGGCGCCAAACCAGGGGCGUUGUCUGUUUCUUGGGCUAAUCAGAGUGGCGAAGAACAGCUUGGGCUGAUCGUUAGAGACGGUGGGAAUGUCAGUGUUCGAAGCCAGGGUCUGGAUGGUGAUUCAUCAAGACAGAGUAAUGCAGUAGACUCACCAAACUCUGUUAGCUGUGAUCAGAUUAUAGACAAAAACCAGGUAAGAGAGUUGCAGCAAAGUUUGCCGCAUGCUUUUGGGAUAAAUGAAAGAAGGAGCCAUUUGCCUCCCGUAGAUGCGCCUGGUCAUGAGUCUGGUAGAGGGAACCACUGCAAUCCUUCUUCAAGUCCUGCAAAGCCUGCUUGGACUCACCUGGGCGGCACUCCCUGGACUCCUGGAGACAGCUCCCCCGUAUCUGCUGGACAGCAAAAGAAAAGCCAAACAAAGAAGUCAAUCUGGUCCCAGAGUCGAGAGAGUAUUUGUGCGCAAUUCACAAAAGGAGGCUUAAAGCCGAAGAAAACUGCUAAACCUAGUACGUUGCUGAAUUUUAGUCCUAGUAGGCCCUACACGCAUCCGUUGUUGAAGAACCAGGGUGCUGUGGGACUCCUUAGUGAUGUGAAUGUUGACGAUGCAGCGUUGGCAAAAGUGUUCAACUCUCUUCAGCAGACGCCAUCAACGGUAAACAAACAUCAGUUGUCUGCUCAAGAGAGGGAGCAGACGCCACCAAAUGACAACAAAUAUCAAGCGUCUACUGAACAGAGGCAGCAAACAGCAUCAAAUGUAAACAAACAUUUGUCUUCAGCUGAACAGAGGGAGCAGAGGACUGCUCAGCAGACGGCAUCCAAUGUAAACAAACACUGGACUGAUGCGGUACAGCCCUGCCUUCCUGAGAAGCCUGGUUUGGAUGAUGUUUUGGUGUCAAUUACCGCCGGAGGUAAUGGUUCGUUGGAUAGGUCAGAGCCCCCUAUUGGGCAGUCUUUGAGUUCAGUUGACAACAGGAAAACUAUGGAACAAGCGGCAGCUUGUCCUGGCCAGACUGCUGUAGAAGAGUUACACCCACCUAGUGAAGAAAGUCGUAACUAUAGUUCUUUGAGUGUCCACGGUACUGGCAAGCAUGGCGAGUCGCUGACGACGGAGAGCGCAACGUCUGAUUGGUUGUUUGUGAAAAGUAGUCGCGAAACUGAUGAGACUUUGACUUCUCCCUCUGGUGAUGAGAGUGUGAACUACUCAAAGAUGACUGAUCAUAGUCUUGAGGAGGGAAACACACUGGAAGCGACAGCAAAGAUGAGUGAGAAAGUAAGCUUGAUUGGUCAACUGGGCAUGGAUAGAUCUCCCUCUGGUGGGAUUUUGAACGAAGAACAAGAUUGUGGCAUAUUUGGUUACACGAAUGUUGAGCCUGCCGAUUCAGAUCGCAGAGAGAGAUUCAGUCCUGAAGGCAGUGUGUCUUCAAUUGCGACAGAUGAUUUGGAGUUCUUGAACCGUAUUGAUAACAGCAGCGCGUCUUGGAUAGCACCUCAGACAAGUGCCGCUGAGCUGGCUACCGUUCCUGAUGUUUUGGUGGCUAUGAAAACAUCUGACGGAGGAGGUAAAUCGCAGACGAAAGUAGCCAAGGUUGGUGGUAUAUUGACGUUUGAAUCCAAGUCUACCAGUGAUGCGCACGUUUCCCAAAGUGAACGAGAAAAAAGUCUGAAACAAAAAGAAAGUGUUGGAGAAAAAGCCAAGACUGGGUAUGGAAAAUUGAUGUUGGAACAUCUGAAAGUUCGCAAGGAAGUGGCCAGAGAAGAUUGUGAGAAGAGCAGCGUGGAUCAGGCUUCAGCAGCUAGGAAGAUACAAGAGGAGGCAAGAACUGAGAGAGACAAGGUCUGCACUACACUUGAAGAUGUUCGGAAAGAUCGAGAAGAAUCAAGCGCUGGUGUGGAGAAAGACAGAGUUGGGGAUAGAAUUGUGCCAGACAAGGCCAGAGCUGAAUCUGAAGAGGCCAGUUCUGGACAAGAAAUGGGUAGCGUUGCAACCAUUACUGAGCAGGGAAAGGCCAGUUCCAGACGAGAAAGGGAUAGAGUUGUGGCCAGUACUUAUUGGGAAAAGGCCAGUUCCUCUGAAAACAUUGCACAAAAUAAGGAAGAAGAACAGUGUGAUGCUGAACAAAAAAAUGUUGUGGAAAAGUCUAUCGCUAAAUCGGAAAAUGAUGCGGAAACACAGGGUAAACAAGCUGAAGUGUUACAACAUGUCAUAAAAAUAUCCCCGAACAAAAUUGUUUUGAAAAAAGCACCGGGACCUCAAAGUGAGUCGCAAGGUCCGACAGAAAAAGGCAAGGAUUUGUCUGCUGUUGUAACACCUACGGUCGAGGCUGAAGGUCCCGAAGGGUUGGAGGGGAAAACUGUUACGAUGGUUGGGAAGAAUAAGUAUGUGUUGAAGUCGCCGACGAAAAAAGUUGCAGCGGAUGUUCGGGAAGAUGCUCCAGCUCGAGGAGCUGUGGGGGUUGAAGGAGAGAAAUCGAAGGCUGAAACGGACAAUGUGACUUUUUCUGAACAUGUGAAAGUGAAGCCGGAAAUGAGUGCAGCUAGAGACAACCACUGGGUUGGUGGCCAGGAUGGAGAUCAGGACCUAAGGGGAAUGGAGAAAACUGUGAAGGAUGGAAUGGAAGGUGACAGAUGUUUCCCCGGAAUGUUGGAUGAGGACAGCAACGCUCACCCUGAUGAAACGCACGGCAAUGAUAGCAGACGCGUUGGUGGUCCAAAGUCGGCUGACAAAGUCUUGGACGAGUAUCUGGAUGGUCUGGUGGAUGUUUCAGAUUCGGAGGCAGAGGCCACGAGGGAAAGGAGUGGUGUGGUUGAGACUUUGGAUAGCUAUCUGGAUGACUUGGGGAAGGAGAAAGAAGCAAUCACACCGGAGGAAUUAGCAGGAUUUCACCCGUCAGUUGAUGAUCAAGGUGAUCAAAUCACUGAUGCUAACUUUGAAAGAACGCAUGAUGACAAUUUGUACAGUACUGAUGGUGAAUGUGAUGCUACGUUUGAAGAUAUGUCUGAGGGUGAAGAUCUUGAAGUUGAAGACUCUGCUGCUGACAAAGAUUCUGCCUUGAGAGCGGACAUAGAAGGAUUAGAAGAUAUUUCGGAUGCGGAGCUGGAAUUCAGUCAAAGAUCUGGUUCGAUUACACCAAUGAUGGCGCGCUCCCCGAGGGUUAGAAAUGCCGGAGGCUAUAAAGUUCUGGAUGAUUCUACUAAAGAUGAUGAAAUGUUGGUGUCUGACAUAAGCAAUGAAUCCGACCUUGACCUAGACCUUGAAACAAGUGCUGGGUGUGCCCAGACGACCCCACCGUUUCCCCGUGGGUUUGAUCUCCGGUUGAUAUUGAACACCCGGCGUGGGGAGGGUUACGUGUCCCCAGACGACACAGUUGAAGCAGAGGCAACAUCUUGUGGCCAUGGCAGCGAGUCAUCGCCAGAAGGCAGCCAUUUUGCUCUCGGGGAUGAUUGCCCGGAUUUGAAAAUUACAUGCGAUUUGAAUGAUGAGGAAUUAGAUUUGAACAUUUCUUAUUCUGAUUCUGAUUCUGAAUCUUUAGGAGAAGCAACAGCAGACGACAAAAUCCAGAGCAGACGACACCGGACUUUGAAGAAAUCUGCACAAGAUGGGAAAAGGUUUACACAAUGUCCAAAAGAAUUGGCAAAAGGCGGAAAGAAAUCCACACAGGAUGGAAAAAGGAAGGCGGAAGAUUUGACCAGGGAAGAGAAAGCAGAGAAAAUAAAAAGAUCUCUGGCAGAAAUUGAUGCCCAGCUGGAAGAAACGAGGAAGAAACGAAAAUUAUCGAAAACUGGAAGGGAAUCAGAACGAACCGUGACAAAGGUAUCUCGGAGAGAAUCGUUUGAAAAUGAACAUGGGAUUUUUCAUCGACCAAAGCGUCCACGCUCGCCGUUCUUGCGCUCGAGGCGUCCGUCCCUGUCGCGACAAUCACCGGCGCGGAGCUUGGCUACUCAUAGCGUGAACAAGGCAAAGAACUAUCAGACACGGGCACAGAAGGUUUCUGGGAACUAUGAUUUUGAUUGCAGGACUGGGCGAUGGUAUCGGGAUAGGGACUCGGGAUUUUUACCUGAGAAGCCAGAAUCAGAAGAGGACGAGGGGAUAGAGGUUGCAGCAACGAAGAAAAAUGUAGAGAAUCCAAGAUAUUUGGAUAGUCCCCUGAGUCUAGAUGACAGUCCAGAGACUUCCGAACCGGUUACAGAAAUGCUGCACAGUCCGGAGCUGGAUCCUCAAACAAAUGCCACAAGUCUAGCAAUGAAAAUUCCCUCAAGCCGGACAGAAACUUCAGGUGUUCGAGGGAUGGGGAGCCAAGGUAUUGAAAUACCCAAAAGUCCACAUGCCAACGGGCCUGAGAGUUCAGAUGCGGGAAUGUGUCAAGGUGGAGUCGAAACUGGGCUCCCGGUCUCGGGGCCGGUCAAUCCAAAGCUCAUUCCUAGUUCACCCAACACAGCAAGACCAAGGCCCCCUAUCAGAGCAAGAACCAAUUCACCUGUUAGAGGAAGUGCACCUGUUGAAGUAAAACCAGAGAUGAGUUCUCCUGCAGAGGCAAGACCCAGUUCCUCUGUGGCACCAGGAGUUGUGGCGAACACUGCAGAUAUUGUGCUGAAACUGGAGAAGCAGACACACAUAUCUCAUGAACAAAUGAAAAGUAUUGGUCGCCCGACAAUAAAAGAGAACAAGACAGAAAGUGUACCUGCAGGUGCAAAAGCGAGUUCGUCUGAUCGAGAGGGAAGUGUUGUUGGUAUGGCAGAUCAUGAUCAAGGGGAGCGAUUAUGGUUGCCACCAGUUCCUUCGAAUGAAUCCAAAGCACCGGAAGAGAUGAGAUCCGGCAGGAAAAAGAAAGGGAAGAAGAGGGUACGACAAAGACAAAAUGCAAAGAGGAAAAAAAUGCUUUGGCAUGCGGAGGCUACUGAAACAAUGUUAGAGCCAUUCAGUUCGCCAUGGAAACCUGUAGGUGAUCCCACAGAAGCCUGUGUGGCUGGAGUGAGUGGAGUUGACCCUGGCCCGAAAAAAAAGAGUAAAAAACGACGAAAAAGGAAAAAGUUGGGUCCGAAUUCGCCGGUGAAGACGUUUACAGUUGCAACAGCCGUUUUAGCUUUGAGAGAAGGGACCUUCACGGAAUCUAUUUCAGAUUCGAAAUGUGCCAAAUUGAAUUUUUCCGAAACUGCUAAGAAUGAGUCUGGAAUUUGUCAAAGAGGCACGUCUGCUCAAACUACAGAUGUAUCAGGUACUGAGCAGGCGGGUUUUGUUGGGAAGACUUUAAGUCCAUGUGGAGGUAGACGGGAGAGAAGUUCUGAACAUCGCGAGGUUAGAUCAGCGGAAAGUUCAAGAGCUGGCCGUAGAGACGUUCGUCACAAACGACGCUCUGGAAGUCCGAGUCCGCAAUCUGAUCAAAGAGAACUGAGAUCAGGUCCCAUUCACAAUGAUUCUAAACUUGAUGAAAGACAUCCACGUUCCGGUCCGAAUUCCAAAAGUCCUAGUUCUGAGUCGGAUGUUAAACGUCGAUACCCUGCUAUAUCAGAUAGGGGGAGGAGGUACGAUCACUCCAGGAUUCAUAGGCCAAGAUUUGAUUUUCGGAACGAUCGGAUUCGUGAAAGACGAGAACGGCUGGAUCCGAGGUUUGAGCGGGAGAGAUCUAGUAGGGGGGUGUAUCGGUCAGGAUUCUAUAGACACGAGAGAGCAAAGUCUCCAAUCACGCUGCGUAGAGAAAGAAACCGGGAACGUACGCCACUCCCAAGAAAGCGGACGAUAUCUGAUUCGGACUUGAAGCCGCCGAGCUCUGAGAAGAUUUUGAAAGCAGGAGAGGAGAGUUCAUCUUCCGAGAGGUCAGGACGGAGUUUGCAUAGGCGGGAGAAAGUGUCUAGUCCAGCGAGGCAUGAAAACGCUUCUCGUGGGGCAAGCGCAGCAGAAGGGACGCAGCCCAAACCUUGCUCGAUAGAAGAUGCUGACAAAGUGUCAAGUCCAGGGACACGUAGUGCUGCUGGUCGUGCCAAAGAUUCGCGGAGAACUGCUCUCCUGCGAGAAGAUGGGAGGACAGUAUCGAAUCCGAGGGAACGUGAAGAUGCAAGUCGGUCGGCAGAUGCAGCAGAAGGUUUGCGACCAAAACCUCGAAUACUGCCAGAUGAUAAAUUAUUGAGUGGGACAGAUAGUGCUGGUGCUGGUGCUGACAAAUCUGUAGGUGCAGAUAAGAACAUUUCGACUUUUGCUGCGUUUGUUAAAAAGGAAGGGUGGAAGACAAGUCCGCAUAAGAAGCCUGAAAGUCAUAGCAUUGCAGAGGCCUAUCGGAAUAAACUAGCGAUGGCAAAUAAACAACCAGCGAAGAUAUACUCGGUGCCAAUGUGUUAUGGUUUGGGCAGGGUUUCGAGUCACCAGUUGGGUAACAGCAGAAAUUGUCCAAAAUGUUGCAAAAAGCGUAAGGAACUUGGCCUCAAGACGGUCUGUCCUUUACCAGUGAAACAACGGCCCACCAAGUCAGAAGGUGUUAAGCCUGCCUUGACUUUUCCUGAAGGAAUAGAGAUGCCGGUAUUUGGUCAGAAACUGUCUGCUGAAACUUCAGUAACUUUUGAUAAUACAGCAGGGGCUUUGAUAAGCGACGUCAAACCAAAAGCAUCAGAACCAGUGGCGUCUACCUCUGCAAACGUGUCGACGUCAUCCGAUUUUGGAAUUGUGAACAAACUGGUCAAGACGUAUGGUGAGUCUGAGAAAACUGGUGAGAAAAUGAAUGAUAUUUUAUCAAAUAUCCUCAAGGGGAUGCAGAAGACGUCUACAGGGCAUAUGAGGAAUUCUGCUAGAACUGUUCAAAAUUUGACUGAGACUGUUCCAAAUCCUGCAGAAAAUGUUCGAAAUUCGCCAGACAGUGCUCCGCAUGAGAAUCAGGGUGCUUCAAAUGAUCAGCGGGAAACUCAAUCGAAUGCUAAGAGCCUCCCGUCCUUCUGGAAACUCUGAUUACUGGGAUAACUUGGUUGUGGCAUUUAGGCGGCAAAGAUUGUCAUACCCCUGCACGCUACCUGCCAUGAUUUCACCAGUGUUACAAUGCAAUUUUUGGUAUGGCUUGCAAUUGUUAGGCAGGUUUUGGCCACAUUCCAAUCUUGUGCUGAAAGAGUUCAAACUGAGCUGAUCACCUCUACACUAAUAUCAUGACUGUAGAAAGCGAACUUUCAAUACCAGUGUUACAUUAUUUAUUUUUACAUUGUAAAUAAUUGUUUGUUGUAAAAGGAAGGUGCAAAUAUUUGAAAAAGUAA